UGAUAAUAUAUAAUUUGUACAUAUUAUAGCUGGCACAGGCAUUCUUAAAUUUGGUAUAAAUAAAAGCUCUUUGGCUGAGGAUUUUGAGCAGAACCCUCUUCUCCAUUCUCACUCACUGGUCCUUGUGGUCCUUGGCAUUAUGAAGAUUGAAAUUCUCUGUGGGCUGCUGUUCAUUGCAGUAGCCUGUGUUCUCACAGAAGGUAAGACAUUAGGCUUUCAAAUUAAAUGAAGGAAUAUAAUAAGUUUCCUUAAGUGAAUUAAAUCCUAGUUCUAGUUUAAUAUUCUAGGUAUUUUUUAACACAUUAAUAAAUUCCAGUUCAUGAAGGUUUCUCAUGGCGCAGUAUUUGUCCAUGAGCAGAAAAGAGCUUAUUGGGCCUGGUGACUUAUAGUCAGAGAACACUAAAAAGUCAUACCUCCCUAGUGUUUUGUAUCUGGUGCAGGGCCAGUGCGAGACUAUUUUGCGCCCCAGGCUAGACCAGCAACUUUCUCCUCAACUCCUUAGUGAGUCUCUUUAUCCCCAAGCCUAUCCGUGUAUCUUUUUUGUACCUCCAAGCCCCUGUGUGUGUCUCUUUGUUCCCACAAACCCCUUUGUGUGUAUCUUUUUUCUCAUCCUCAGCCCCUCUAUGUGCCUCUUCCCCUCUCUUAACGCUGUGUGCCUCUCCCACUCCCCCAACCCUCUGUGUGCCUCCCUCCCCUCAGCCCUCUGUGUUCCUCUACCCCUUUAGCUUUAUGUGCCCCUCACCCUCUCCCCUAUGCCAGCAAACUUCCUUCUCCUUACAGUGAUGUCAAGCCCCGACCAUGGUAGAGAGGCUCCUGUACCCUCUAUCUGGACUGACAGGAAACAGUUCAGUGCUCUCAGUGAGCACUUCCUGUGAGACCGGGUAGAUACAGAAGCUCCUUUAUUGUGGUCUGCAGCUCGGUCACACUGCAUGCUGUGACUGGCAGGAAUGGAGUGCUAUGCUGUGCACUCUCCUCCUGCUGGUAACCCAGAGACUGCAACCCCAGGACCAAUGCUUCUUAGGGGGCUGCCUGAUCUACCUAGUGGUUAUGCUGGCCCUGAUCUGGAAGAGUUGAUGCAGUAACAAAACUCACUUUCUUUAUUUAUAAGAUUGCACAUAUCCUAUGCUAAUCUCUCUAUUCAGUCUAUUAAUAUCAAUAUGUCCAUCUUACAAGCCCUACAGCUCUCUACUCCUCUCUUUCACUAAUUACAAACUCUGAAUCCCCUCCUUAGCACGCACUUGCCCACUCCUCGCCUUCCCAUCUUACUAGCAGGCAGAAGCUCCUUGUAUGUAACCUGGGAAAGCAAAAAAGGUAGUGAGUGUAGCAGAAAGGGGGCAUGACAUAUUGUUAGAGAGAAAAACAAAGCUAGGGCAUUCGCCCAGUGCGCAAAAUAAAAGUAUCACACAGAAAGUGCAUGUAAAGGAAAAAGAUGGAAGUUCUCCUUAUUUAAACUGUUUUAAAAUGUCAAUCUAUAAUUGUCCAUAAUCUAAAACAACGUAAGUUGGGUUUUAAGUGUGCUCCUAUUGUUGCUUUUAGAAUCUGAUAAUGCAGAAAAUGAAGAAAAGGGGAUGUGUCUGUCAGACUUUUUAAAAAAGUAUCCAGAGGCACGAAAAUACCACAGAAGUAAAAAUGGAAAGCGUCGCCAUUUCCCAGAUUUCAGUAAAUUGCCUGACUGUGGUGCCAACGGAACCUGCGAGGGCAACCUGAUGUGCUGCAGCUCACCCUGUGGUAUGAAGUGUAUGAAGCCAAUGUUUGGUAAGUUAACUCCUUAAAUAUACAUCUCAUUAAAUAAAUAUGGACACUUUUUUACAAAUUCAAUUUGCCAUCUUUAAUGCUUCAUUUCUUACUUUUUAUACAUUCAGUGAUAUGUGGCUUUUAAUCCAUUCUCAGUUGGCAAAUGGGUUCAGAGCCAAUUGGCCUAUAACAUUUACUUGGUCUACAAACUCCAAGGUAUUGACAUAAGAUUUAAUCCAACACCCACAACAAUGAAGGUGUGAGAAGUUGUCUUUUGUUAUGAGUGUAUCAUAAUUUUAAGAUAAUGUAUUAUCUAGCACAAGUAAAAAUACACAGGCAUCACAAUGUGGAUUGCAGAAUAAGACAUUUUAUUGUGGUCCAAAGGACAAAAUAAAGAUACAACGUGUUGGCCAUAAGGCCUUAGUCAUGUAUCAAUGUAUUAACAUUUUGGCCGUAAUUCUGAAACGUUGUAUCUUUAUUUUGUCCUUUGGACCACAAUACAUUGUCUUAUUCUGCACCCUACAUUGUGAUGCCUGUUGAUUUCUAAUUGUGAUUGAUAUUGGUGGCUUGUUGACCUUCACCACAGAGCUCCAGUGUACCCAUAGACUUAUGUGCAGCACACCACCAUUCUAUUUGAUUUAUUAUCUAAGAUCACAGCGACCUGCACAGCACGAGCUGACAACAAGUAUAAUCCAAUGUCGAAGUGAUUACUAUCCACUGUGUUAUGAAAGUACAUGAGGAUAUUAAAGAUGAAGCAGAUACAGUGCCUACAGUGUCCCGUUAAGGUGUAGAAUAACGAAAAACUUUUUUUGUACAAUCUCAAUAAAAUGGGGCAUUCAAUAAAUACAGAAAAUGAGUUAGACAAAAAUGUCACACAUUUUGUGCCCAGUCCUAGACUAUGCCUUUUAGACAGCAAUUGAUAACAUUUAUUCUAGGGUUUUUUUGGGCCCCGUAUAAAUGCCUUUAUAAGUGGACUAUCACUUUUUAUUUCUUUUGUUUUUAGAUAAGGAUGCCAAAAGACUGGCUGAACAAAAGGAUGAAAACAAUGCAAGUGCAGAAUCAGCUGAACACGAAGAAGGUAUGUGUGUAAAUGUACAAACGGAAGGGUUUACAUAUGAGUGAGAAGGUUUGAAUCAGGAAGGCAUUAGCAAGGACAGCCCAUUGACAAAUGUGGAAAUGCUUAUUGCUAAUAAACUGACUGUCCUUGAUCCAUCAGAAAUCACUGAGACUGACAAGAAAAUCGGGAUGUGCCCUUUCAAAUAUAUGAAAACUCACCCAGAAGUUAAAAAAAGGAUGAAAGAGGAGCUAAAGAAGAAUGGUGGCUUUGCAAAACAUGAAGGUUGCACACAGGGAGAGAAUUGUCCAGCAAUGCACUUCCCUAACUUCACCAAGAUGGCGGACUGCAAUGAAGAUGGAGACUGUGGCAGUAACAUGAGAUGUUGCAAAACUCCGUGUGGGAAGAAAUGCAUGAAGGCGAUAUCUAGUAAGUAGAAAUCAUAUAGUUUUUAAAAUUGUUUCCAGUAUUUCAAAUUUAAUUUAAGCUAGAUUCUUGUAAGAUAUAUUAUAAUUUGUUUACAACACUACUUCAAAACAAAACAGGUGUGAUAUGAUAAUGCUUUGUCGGUUAUAUUUUUCUAUCCUAUUCUAAAAUCUGCUGUUUAUAGUUUUUGCAGUCAGGUAGCUACCAGUAAGACAGUAAGUGGUGCUUGACCCCUUAGUUAGGUAGUAGUUCUAUGUUUAUGUUGGGGAGUCGUUAGCCAUUCUAGAACCCAGGUGCAAGGAUGUGCACAUUUUUGUAUAUACCUGUCCCACUCUAGUGAAGGACUAGAGUGUGACAGGUUGCCUGCAAAUAAACAGGAACAGAGUGUAGAAGAAAAAGAAAACCAGUUGAGCUCUAAAAUCAAAGCCAUGAAACAGUCCACAGAAAUUCUAAAGCUGGAUAUUGCUCCCCUGUGUUAAUUAAUGCCUCUUCUAUGGUCACACAUUCUGCAGCAUCAAACAAAGAGUUUGAGGCAUCCUCAUGUUCUGAUGGCACCAAUCUCUUGAUGUCAUCACUAUUAAUUUUUUACUUUGUAAACCCCUAAGUAUGAUAGAAGAUGUAUUGUAUUGUCAGCAAGGAGGGUUGGGGGGUGGGGGGUAGAUAAUGUUUAACUUGGUAUGCACUCUGGUUAUCCUGAUUUUUUUUAUUUAUUUUUUAUGUACUCUGAUAUUCAUGAUGCAUUAGUUUGUCUCUGGCUACUUUUUAUUAGGAUUACAUAUCAACAGCUUUGCAUUAAACCUACAUUAUGAAGAACAGUUAAUGUGUCUAUUUCUCUUCAUUUUUCCUUGUGAAUGCUUGGUUUAUACUUUAUCUGAUUGGAUUAUAAUCUGUAUGGACAUGAUUACUGUUUGCAUGAUGUCAACUAAAGUAAGUCAGCUUUAUGACAGGCAGUUGGAGAAAUUAAAUAACCUGGAUUAAUAACCAAUAAUAGUUAAGCAUAAUAACUAUUAUUUUUCAUUUUAUUAACCUUUUUUUUUUUUUUUCAGCGGAUGAAGAGUUUUAUGACCUUGUUAAUUAUCAAAAAAAGGAUAACAGUGAACAAGAACUGGGUGAAAAUAAUGGAGAACAGAAUCGAAAACAAGGCAAGAGAAAAGGACGUGAAGUGGGACACAAACAUGGGAAGGGCCUUGGGCUAGAAGAAAAUCAUGAUGAUGGUCAAAAAAAGGGGGGAAAGCACGGCAAGAGAUGUGGAAAAGGAGAAGAGAGCAGUAGAGGUCAAGGAAAAGGAGAGGAACAUGGUAGGGGUCAUGGGAAAGGAGAGGCUCAUGGUAGAGGUCAUGGAAAAGGAGAGGAACAUGGUAGGGGUCAUGGGAAAGGAGAGGCUCAUGGUAGAGGUCAUGGAAAAGGAGAGGAACAUGGUAAGGGUCGUGGCAAAGGAGAGGAGCAAGGUAGAGGUCGUGGAAAAGGAGAGGAACAUGGUAAGGGUCAUGGGAAAAAAAAGGAGCACAAGUGUCGUAAAGAAGGACAUGUUGAAUCAUCUAAUAAUGGGAAUAGUGAGGGUAAUAGAGAGGAUCACGUUAGGCAAAAAAGGUCCUUUUUUGAUCAAGGCGGAUUUGGAGAGGAGGCACCCAGAGGAAUGGAACAUGGAAUGCAAAAUGGAGAAGAAGGGGAACAAGGACAUGGGAAGGGAAAGUGUAAGGGAAAAGGAAAAGGGAAGGGGAAGGGGAAGGGGAAAGGGAAAGGUAAAGGAAAGGGACGAGGGAAAGGCAGGGGUCAAGGACAGUGUGGAGGUGAAGAACAAUAAAAUGCAGUUACAUUGAGUAUGCAUUUCUUUGACUGUCAAUACUCCAUUACACACCGAAUGCUUCUAUGUAGAAAAUUGACAAGCAAUAAAAAUCAAUAAAAACAAAAUGGCUUUUUUGUUGUUGUUAAUGGAUACCCUAUACAGCAUUAUACAUA